GGUUCGGGGAAGACGACACUCCUCAACGUGCUUGCCGGUAGGAUCCUGCAGAGGGAGCAGGGCUCGAUAUGGCUGGACGGACACGAGUUUAACAAGUCUCUCAAGAGAAAGAUCGUGUAUGUGAUGCAGCAAGACAUUUUCUUUAACAACCUGACGCUACGGCAGUCACUCAGGUUCAUGGCUCUGCUCAGGUUACCCGACACUAUGCCGUACGCCGACAAAAUGAACCGACUCGAUGAGAUCUGCGAGACAUUGGAUCUGAGGAAGUGCUUAGACGUGCGCAUCGUGACUCGAUCACGGUGGACUCUCGCGGAGGCGAAAAGAAACUAGCCAACAUUGCUACUGAGUUGCUGACAAAUCCUGAACUCAUGUACGUCGAUGAGCCCACUACUGGGUUGGACUCCAGUCAUGCGUACGAUAUGAUGAGAAUGCUGAAAAGCUACACGGAGAAAGAACGCAAAACUGUGGUCAUUACCAUACACCAGCCAUCCAGUCAAAUCUUCCACAUGUUUGACAAGAUCUUACUACUUAGUGAAGGCCAGGUUGCAUAUUUUGGCGAGCGGAACAAGAUUAUCUCGUACUUUUCCAAUCUGGGUCUUCAAUGUGCACCACAUUACAAUCCGGCAGACUUCGUGCUGCAAGUGGUCGCGUCCAGUUCAGAGGUCCACGCCAAAGUAACAUCCGCCUACAUAGCCUUAAAGGAGGUCACCGAUGAAUUCGAGAUGAUGUCGGCAAUCGAGUCGCUCGAACAAGUUGAAGAGACGGAGUCUGUCAUCGACAUGCUCGACUUUGGAGAGACGCUGCAUUACAAGCACGAUAUGGCGCACCGUCCUCCCAGCAAAACCUAUCGUAAGAAAAAACAGCUAAAUAGUGUGAAGAAAUGGUAUACCAACUACUACGACGAAAAAUGGCCUACGUCCUUCUGGACUCAGUACAAGGUCCUCACUCUCAGAAACUUUCUUCAGGCAAAGGACAAGAUUCUAUCCAAGUGGUCAGCGGUACAAGUGUUGAGCGUCGCAAUGAUGGUUGGUUUGGUAUGGUACCAGCUAGACAGGAAAGAAGAGACUCUAAAAGACAGGGAGGGUGUGUUGUUCUUCACAAUUAUCUACUGGAUGUUCAAUUCCAUGAUGGGUUCUCUCACUACAUUUCCAGAAGAGAGAGAAGUGUUAAACAAGGAGAGAUCUGCAGGGGCAUACAGGUUGUCUGCCUACUACCUGGCCAAGCUAACGAGUGAGUUCCCACUGGCCGUGACACUUCCCACUAUCUACUUGGUGAUGGUAUUCCCCAUGGUUGGUCUGAACGGCAUCAUAGGAUUUGCGGGCAUGUGGUGUGGUCUGAUGGCAAACGCACUCGCUGCAGAGGCUUUCGGGCUGUGCGCCGGAGCGUACUUCCUCGACCAGACGCAGGGCAUCACUGUGUGCGUGACGAUCAGCCUCUUCUAUCUGAUGAUGGGUGGAUUCUACGCGAAACACGUACCCAUCUGGCUGUCGUGGGGUCGCUACCUAUCUCCGCCGUACUACGCCUUCAACGCGUUCAUCAUCGUGGAGUUCACCCGCGCCGCAGGUUUCACGUGCGGCGAGCACAACUCGAUCUUCGAGGAGUGCAGCGUGGAUAACGUGACGACGAUCACUGCAGAGCGCGUGCUGGAGGUGACACACGACACCGUGCCGUACGCCUACGACACGAUCUUCCUCGUCGGCUACAUGCUCACCUUCUACGUGCUCGGCUACCUGGUGCUGCGAUACCUACGCAACCCCGAGAAGCUCUUCAUCAUGAAGAAGAAGACGUGAAGGUUGCGGCGAACGGACGUGAAGGUCGCGGUGAACGGACGUGAAGGUCGCGGUGAACGGACGUGAAGGUCGCGACUGCGCAGGGACACAGUUCACUGAAUGAAGGAAGUACACAGAAGAAAGGAUGCACAGUCACAAGGGUUGUUUAAGGAAAACUCCAAAAGUAGCCUUUGUAGACAGGUGUCUAUUCUUUAGAGGUGGUUUCACUGUAUAAAUGCCACUCUCGGGAAAUGCCGUGCGUCUUUAUGGUCGGAUCGCCGUUCUAUAGAAGCGUCUGCUAACACAGGUUUGAGCGUAUAUACGAGGACAACGGGGAGAAAGAACUCUACGAUUUAUAGUAAUCUGGGAUGCCACGGGAGAGACGAUCGAGCUGGCCAUGUCAGUUAGUAAUAGUUAUUAUCUAGUACGAAGUACGAAUGAGAGGCAUUCAAGAAGUGAGCACACAUCACCUUCAGGUUGCAAUUAUUGUCUUUUGAUGAAGUGAAAUGCAUCCCUUGUUCAUCUUAAUGCCUUGCUAUUGACUAUUUGAUGCAGAACAGGACC